AUGAUGACCGGAUUUGUAACCGGCGGCGUUCCGGCCAUCACGCCGUCGGUUAAUUUACCGACGGCUAACCGGCAGUCACCUUACCGACGGUCUGUCGUUACGAAACCCCCGGCCAUGAAGCUCACACUCCUCUCCUUCUUCAUCAUCUCAUUCUUCCACUUUUCCCACUCCUCACCACAAAAAUUCACCUCCAUUUUCAGCUUCGGCAACUCCCUCGCCGACACAGGCAACUUUCUCAUCUCAGGCGCCGUCGCCUUCCCCUACGUCGGUCAUCUCCCUUAUGGCAUUACCUACUUCCACCACCCCACCGGCCGUUUCUCCGACGGCCGUCUUGUCGUAGACUUCAUUGCUGAGUCCCAAGAUCUUCCACUUCUCCCACCAUACUUGGCUAAGUUGGCUUCGCAUGAAAACUUCCGGCAAGGGGCAAACUUCGCCGUCGCUGGCGCAACAGCUUUGGACCCUGCAUUUUUCCAAGAAAUAGGCGUCAGCCUCUGGACAAAUUACUCCCUAAGCACCCAACUCCGGUGGUUCGACGAGCUGAAACCUUCUCUUUGCAAAACUCCCCAAGAAUGCAGCGAAUACUUUAAGAAAUCACUCUUCCUUGUCGGAGAAAUAGGUGGAAACGACUACAAUUUCCCCCUUGUGGCGGGUAAGAGUUUAGCGGAGGUAACUUCCUUUGUGCCCAAAGUGGUGCAGACUAUUGCGGAAGCCAUUGAGAGGUUGAUAGAAAGAGGGGCUGUGAACCUGUUGGUGCCGGGGAACUUGCCAAUAGGGUGCUCGACGCUGUACCUUACGCUGUUUGCCACAUUUGACAAGGAGGAUUAUGAUGACCGGAAUUGGUGUUUGAAAAAGCUGAACAACUUUGCAAGGUAUCACAAUGAACUUCUGAAAUCGGCCAUUGAGCAGCUGAGGAGAAAGCACCCGGAAGCAAGAAUCAUAUAUGCGGAUUACUACGGCGCGAUUCUACGAUUUGCACAUUCACCACGCCAUUUUGGUUUUUAUAGUGGGACCCAAGAAGCAUGUUGUGGAAGUGGGGGCCUAUAUAAUUUCAACCUAACGGCUCCUUGUGGAAGUGUAGGAUCCCAUCUAUGCGAAGACCCCUCAACUUACCUUAGUUGGGAUGGCAUUCACCUCACUGAAGCUGCCUAUCACCAAAUUGCUAAUGGCUUGUUGGAUGGCUUCUUCACUGAUCUCGUUGCUAAUAAGGUUGUUAUUAAUUCUAAACUGAUUAUCUCUUCUUCUCUUAUUGAGGCUGAGCGAGUGCUCUCUGUUGAACCCAUUUCUUCACCUACUGCUUUGUGUGUGGAGCCUAUGGUUCAGUUGGUCAAUGUGGAUUCCCUUCCGUCUAUUUUAGUUGAUGAAAAUGUUGUUAUUGAUGUGGAUAAUGAAGAGAAUAUUUUGGGUGGUAAGGUUAAUGGUGCUGAUGUUAUUGAUGUUUUAUCCCCCAACGCUUUACCUUUUGUCCCUCAAGGAUUUAAUUUGGCCACUUUAGAUCCUAUUGAUGUCUCCCCUCAUCCUUGUUUUAGUGAUGAUGGUCAUGUUUGUGCUAGUCCCUUGUUGUCGGUGGUGUCUGCCCCGGCUGUUUUGGGUGAUAUUUCUUUAAAUCAUGUUGUUUUAGAUUGCCUAACUGAAUCUGCUCUUCCUUCUGAGAAUUUGGGUGCGGGUGGUGGUGAGGUUUUUGCUACCUCCAGCUUGCCUCCUAUUGUGAACGAUUGUUUAGUUAAUAACAACUUUAUGGAUGUACCUGUUAUAUUAAUUGAUCCUCCAAGCUUAGUGUAUAAUGUGGGGGACAAUUCAGGAUUGGAUGCUCGUGUUCAAUUGGAUUGGCUUCAGGGUGCGUCAGAUAUUCUGAUUCAGAUUCUGUUUCUUUGGAAUCAUCUAGGGAUGAGGUUGCUGGCAAUUCUUUUGCCGUGUUGCGUGAUUUACCACUUGUUUUUGGUGCCUCUCGUGGUAGAGCUCGUGGGAGGGGUAGACGUCGUCGGGGUUGAUUUACUUGCUGGUGAUGCCUUCUUGUUUUAUUUGGAAGGCCUUUUGCAAAUGCAAAUAGCCCUAAGGAUCUAUUUGGGGAUAAAUAAUUCUUUACAGACGUCAGACACUGUUCAGAGGCCAACAAGAACACGCCACAUUACUUUUUUGCUUGGUUUCGGUGCUGGGUACCAUGAUGUGGCGCCUUCUGGUUGCCCUUCGGACAGUUUUUACAGUGGGACCCAAAAAGCAUGUUGUGGAAGUGGGGGCCAAUAUAAUUUCAACCUAACGGCUCCUUGUGGAAGUGAAGGAUCCCAUGUAUGCAAAGACCCCUCGACUUACCUUAGUUGGGAUGGGCUUCACCUCACUGAAGCUGCCUAUCACCAUAUUGCUAAUGGCUUGUUGGAUGGCUCCUUCACUGAUCUCCCUCUUAUUAUCUGA